AUGCACGGCUAUAGCUCUUCAGAGGAGUCGGACGACCCUCGUCGCCCGCGCCCUGUGCCGGCAUCAACAAACACCGCCGACAAGAAGAAGACGAAAAAGAAGAAGACGCCUCCGCAGCCUUCUAUCAAUCAUAUUUGGAAGAAGUUUCAGAACAAGAAGUUCGACAAGGCCUUGGCUGUGCUGCCAUUCGACCCUGUUCUACCACCAGCAAGCUCGGAUAAGCCCAACGAGUUACUUAGCGCUGGGUAUGAGCGAGCUGUCGAGGAAUGCCGCCGUAAAGUGAAAAAGAUAAUCCAAGAAUGCCGUAGAGUCAACAUGCGAUAUCGGGAUCCCGGCUGGGAUUUGGACUGGGAUUUGAAGCGGAAAAAGGGACACUGUCUCAACACUCUCGGCCAUACCAAAUGGCAACUUUCUAAAACAACUCUCUUGAAUCCAAACGCCUUUGUACCCAAGGCAGUAAAGCGUGUCCACGAAAUCUUCGAGAAUCCAACCUUCCUAGAGAAGAUCAAUGGCGGAGAUGUAACGCAGGGAAGCCUCGGAGACUGUUGGCUGAUGGCUGCGCUGACUGCCCUCGCCAACGUCGAGGGUGGCAUUCAGCGCAUCUGCGUCGAGUACGACACUCGCAUCGGCAUCUACGGCUUCGUUUUCUACCGAGAUGGCGAGUGGAUCUACUCCAUCAUCGAUGACAAGUUGUACCUGAAGUCUCCUUGCUGGGAUUCGCCUAGCAUGCAGCGGGAUCUCCUCCAGCAGAUCGACCGAGAGGACGUUGAGCGUGUCUACCGCAAGACCUAUCAGACCGGAUCCAAGGCCCUCUUCUU